CUUGAUCAUUCGACACCAACACUUUCCCGCGGACAUUGCGGGAGCCAGUUGAUCUUGGUUCAGUUUUUGUUUUUUUUUGAAUCGUAUGCGCUAUCUGGGCUCACUGACUGACGUACGCGUACCUGAUUGCCUAAUCACGAUAAGCUCCCGCUCCGCGUCCGCGUCCGCUACCGCUUCCUUCCUUUUGCCGCGCGGUAAUGGAUACCCACCAGACGGAGCUUGGCACUAUCCGGGAGUCCAUCGUUGCCGACCGCAGCAGAGCUGGGCCAACGCCGUCAGAGUCGAGCAGUACGACAGCAGAAGCAACACGUGGCUCCAAGCCGGCCAAGCGCCGUCGUAUCGCCAUCGCAUGUACGACCUGCCGAGUACGCAAGUCCAAGUGUGAUGGAAGCAGACCAAGAUGCUCCACAUGUAGAGAUUAUGGAACAGACUGCGCUUAUUCUAAAUCGGGACCGCUGAAUGGUACCUCAGCAUCCAGAGAACAUUUCGAGUCUGUAGAGACGCGCCUUUCGGCCCUCGAACGAGCCCUCACUGGACUGACGGGCAGAGUAAAUUGCAUAGAGCGUCGGGGGACGCACACUCCAGCGUCUCCUCAGCCUGCAACGCUGGCUGGUGACGAUGAGGAUCCGGGGACAACAGUAGCGUCCCCGGAUCCCACUGAUGGCAUUGGAACCAUUGUCUUUACUCGAGAGGAGCACUUUGGCUUUUUUGGCCCAUCUUCUAACAUCGCUUUCAUCCGAUCCAUUAUCGCCGCCGUGACAGCCAGCAUAGGACGCAGGCAAACCGGGCAGUCUCCCGAAGAGACUCGCGUGGUGGAAGCGUCCAACAAAAGGGUCCUCCACGUCUCCCGCCCGCCAUCGCCCGCCCGCCAAGAGCAGUCAACCCUGCGCCACAACGUCAGGGAACGGGCCACCUACGACCUGCCAUCGCCGGACGAGACUUUGGACCUGAUACACAGCUACUUUGCGACCACGGGCUUCCUAUUCCCAUACAUCCACCAGGAGAGCUUCCUCGAUACGUAUCAUGAGGUGGCGGCGUCCCGGUUUAGCAAGGUGAGGCGGUCAUGGUUGGGCCUGCUGAACAUGGUGUUGGCCAUGGCCACGAGCGCCACGCUAGGUAACAGUCUUGACGCACCCUCGCGGAGGCUCAAGUCGGACGUAUUCUUUUCGCGCGCCAUGGCGUUGUGCGAAACACAGAUCCGCUGCGCAGCCAGUAUCGAGAUUGUUCAAUUUCUUCUCCUUAUGAGCCAGUAUCUGCAAGGCACAGACCGUUCCACCCAGACAUGGAGCGUCCAUGGGCUUGCCGUCAAGGCCGCAUAUCAGCUGGGCCUCCACUCUCAGUUGGAGCUGAGACGUUACACGCCGCUUGAACAAGAGAUACGUGCGCGCAUUUGGUAUGGAUGCGUCAUCCUCGACCGAACCUUGAGCAUGACGCUGGGUCGACCUUGUUCAAUACCAGAAAGCCACGUCAAAUUGAACUUACCUCGGCCGUGGCCCUCUAAUUCGAAUUCUGAUGUUGAUGCAAAGGGGGAGGACAGCCUCAUAUUCUAUAACGCAACCAUCUCCCUCUACAAAAUCAUGUGGAACGUCAUCGAUGUUCUCUACGAAGGCAACCUGGGCUGCGAGUCGCCCAAGAACAUUUUCGACAUUGCCUCCCACCUCCUCCGGAUCGAACACCAACUGCUCGAUUGGCAGCAUAAACUGCCACUAACAAUGCCCCUGGUGCAGCCCGCUGAGUUGAUCGGCGGCACGCCGACCGCCGCGCCCUCCCCGCUCUGCCGGCUGCGCGUCAUCCUGACGCUGCGGUACCUCAACCUCCGCGUCCUGGCCCACCGGCCCGUGCUGCAGAGUUACCUCGCGGAGCUCGGGGCGGCGACGGUUUCGGGCGACUCGCCGGCGCAGCGGCGCACGACGCUGUACCAGGUUGGCGCCAACAGCAUGCGCCUGUGCGUGCAGUCGGCCACGUCCAUCAUCGAGAUCGUGUCGCAUGUCGUUCGGUCUGACGGGAUGACCAAGCAAAUGCUUGGCGCGUGGUGGUUUUCCUUGUAUUACACCUUCAAUGCCGCGCUCGUCAUCUACUCGGCCAUCCUUAUACAAAAUGAUCCGAUAGUCAACACAUCGGCCGACACGCUCGACUUUCGUGGAAUGGACAUUCGGCGGGAGCUGCUUUCGCAGGCCGCCGAGGCGCUGCUACUGUUGGACCGCGGCAAUCGCAUGACGGAAAAGUGUGCAAAGUACACGUAUGCGCUGAUGCACAUUUUGGAUUCCCAAUACCCGACCGAAGGACCGACUAACUCCUCGGGCGCCAACGCCCUGUCGCAGCUCCUGCAGAGGACCAACACCACGUCGGACAGCGCAAACAACGCCCCAUCAAACGUCUUUCCGUACGGAGACCAGCCAUCGUUGGAGAUGGACAUGGACCUGAACGAGUUUCUAGGCAUGGACCUGAAUGAGUUUGUGGACAUGGCGGACCUGGGCAUCUUUGUCUUUCCCUCGACCCCGGGCGGCGGCUACCAGGGCCAGGAUAUGUGAUAGGUUAUGUGAAGAUUUUUGUAACGACUCGUGACACGACGCUGGGCUGACGACUUUAAUGCUAAAGAGUGGUUACCGUGUAUCUAUUCCUAUGUGCACUUGGUAGUCAUCACCCCCAACCGCAGCUUCGCGUUAUCAAUCUAGCUUCAGCAUCUCUGUAACUUGCAGAUUUUCACCUUCGCCCAAAAAAAAAGAAAAAAAAAAAAACAA